AUGCCACCAAGAGUAGAUAGCAUAGCCCUGCUAGAACGUACCAUGCAGAUAGUCAGAGAUACUCACUCUGAUUGGCAUGAAGACCAAAUCCUUGAAUGUGCUUUUGCCAUGAUGAACUUCCAACCCAAUGCCAGUCAAACUGAAAAGAUCCCCAAGUCCAUACUUAGCAUCAUCUCACAGAUUGUCAAGCUCAACAAGAACAACUGGGCCAUCUGGGAACCCAUGUUCAUGGAUUGCAUUUGCCCAAUCAAAAAUGCCAAGCACAUCCUCACUGGAGAAAUCCCAGUUGGCCACAAUGACUAUGAUGAAGAACUAGACAGCCACCUACUAGGUCUUAUUCUGUCCUCAUGCAACCAUGGACCCAAUAGCCACAUUGACACUUAUGCACUAGGUUCCUCACCAUACAAGAAGCUCAGAGCUGCCCUCAUGAUUAAUGACAAAGUAAAACUCUCUGCCAUUCAUGAUUGCAUCCAUGAAAUCAAGCUACUCAACUGCAACAUCAUCGACCUGGGUAAGGAACUUGACAAGAUUUGGAACAAUGCCACCAGGCUUGGUAGUCAUAUGGAUGAAAAGCUCAAGAAAUCAACCCUCUACCACUGUGUCAAGGAUGACUGGUUAUACACCCAAACUGUAGACUCCCUCAAGGCUGCUCAACCUGGCUGCAAUUACAAAUAUGCAUAUCAUGCAUUAGCUAAGAAGUUCCAAGAAGCCGAGCUCUCAGGUUGUAUCUGA